GGUGUCGUUCUGCCGAUCAUUGUUAAUAAAUCGAUCCCCAACAUUGCCUUUCCAUGGAUGAUGCGUACAUUAGCCUCGAUGUUCAUCUUGCUGCUGGGUAUUGCAUGUUUGACGGUCAAGUCGAGACUGCCACCGCGUCGCCGUCGCUUCGUCCCCAAUGAGUAUGUGAGACACUUCGAGGAUAUCCGUUUGUUUAGUACUAUUACUGGCGUCUUCCUUUUCCAGUUGGGAAUGGUUGUACCAUUCAGAUACGUUACUCUUCCAGCUAAAGAGGCCGGUUUCUCUCCGGAUUUGAUCCCAUACCUGUUGCCAAUCUUCAGCGCCAUCAGUGUCUUCGGACGAAUUUUUCUCAGCGUUGCAGCCGACAAUAUUGGCGGAUUCAAUGUAGUAACCACCAUAACUUUCGUUUCAGCUACUUUUUGUCUCACAGCUCCUACCCUUGUCGAAAGUAUGGCCGACAUCAUCGUAUAUGUCGUCAUAUUCGGCUUCUUUUCUGGAGGCGUCAUCUCCCUUGUGCCAACGCUUGUUGCUCAAAUCUCCGAUAUCAGGCACAUUGGCACUCGAGUCGGUUCAGCGUUUGCAAUUCAAGCCACCGGAGCACUGAUUGGAAGUCCCAUUGUCAGUGCUAUUUUGAGAUCACGGCGCUUCAACCAUCACGCCCUGCAGUUGUUGUGUGGCUUUUCUAUAUUGCUCGGGUGCGUUGGAUUCGUUUGGGCGAGAUAUACGCAGGUUGGCUUCAAGUUGGUCAAGGUUUGA